AUGGCCCAGGACUUCAAGCUGUCCGCGCAGCUCAUCGGCCAUGAAGCAGAUGUGAGAUCUGUAGCAUUCGCAUCACCCGAAGUCGUCCUAUCUGUUUCCAGGGAUUGUACCGUGCGCAAAUGGUCUCGGGGAUCCCAAACUCCACCAGCCUUUGAGGGGACACUCGUCAGUCGUGGUUCCGAAUAUGUCAACUCGGUAGCAUUCCUCCCACCCUCUGCCGAUCACCCCAAUGGUUUGAUUAUAUCUGGAGGGAAGGAUACUGUCAUUGAAGUCAAAUCACCAGCCGCCGCCUCAACCGAUCACGCCGAACGCUUACUGAUUGGUCACGCCAACAAUGUCUGCACUCUCCACGUACCCCCCAGCGGCUCAUACCUACUUUCUGGUGGUUGGGAUGGCCAGGCCCGUGUUUGGAAUCUGCAAAAGUGGGAGACGGCAUUGAGUCUCGGUGGGCAUGAUGGUAUGGCCGUCUGGAGCGUUGUUGCCCUCGACGACAAAACUGCCGUCACUGGCUGCGCCGACAAAAAAAUUCGCAUAUUUGAUCUCACCCAGUCCUCUGGCGGCGAGGUACAACCUAAAUCUACAAUAUAUACACCAGAUGUUGUGCGAGCACUCUGUAAGGUUCCCGGGAACCACCCCAGCGGGGGAGACAUCGCCAGUGCCAGCAACGACGGGACCAUCAGACUAUGGAAGUUGAAUGGACAGCAAGUCGGGGAAUUGCACGGCCACGAAAGUUUUGUUUAUAGCCUGGCCAGCUUGCCGACGGGCGAGUUGGUUAGCUCUGGCGAAGAUCGUACCGUGCGUGUCUGGAAAGGCACCGAGUGUAUUCAGACUAUUACGCACCCAGCCAUUUCGGUCUGGACAGUGUCUGCUAGUCAAGAUACUGGCGAUAUUGUCACAGGUGCCAGUGAUAGCAUCGCUCGCGUUUUCACUCGAAGACCUGACCAAGUAGCCGACAAGGAGACUUUAUCUGAAUUCGAGGCGUCCGUCAAGUCUUCAGCUAUUCCUCAACAGCAACUAGGCAGCAUCAACAAGGAAAAGCUCCCCGGACCCGAGUUCUUGACGACCAAGUCCGGCACAAAGGAGGGACAGGUGCAGAUGAUCAAGGAGGAAAAUGGCAAUGUUACAGCUCACCAGUGGUCCGUCAGUCAACAGCAAUGGAUCAGUGUUGGCACUGUGGUUGAUGCUGUAGGUAGCACUGGUCGCAAGGUUGACUAUCAGGGAAAGUCAUAUGACUAUGUUUUUGACGUUGACAUUGAGGACGGUAAACCGCCGUUAAAACUUCCCUAUAACCUGUCUGAGAACCCCUAUGAGCGAGCGACCAAGUUCCUCAAUGACAAUGAAUUACCCCUCAGCUACCUUGACAACGUAGCCAACUUCAUCACCGAAAAUACCAAGGGCGCAACUCUAGGACAGACUCAAAGCUCUGGGCCAGAUCCAUAUGGAACAGAGCAACGCUAUCGGCCAGGAGAGGCGGAAUCACAGCCCAAGGUCAUCCCUCAAAAGGACUAUCUGAGUAUUUCAGCCGCCAAGUACGAGGUCUCGUCUGGCCGAAAGGAUGCCGCCUUGAAUCCCGGCGAAGAGGCAGUGUUGUUGUCACUUCGUGAGGCCCUGGAGGCAGGUCGACCAAUCCCCAUCAAGUCGAUAGAACUCGUAGUAAGAAGUGUGAUCCAAUGGCCAUACUCAGAUCGCCUCGCGGCGCUCGAUUUGCUUCGUUGUAUCGCCAAAUUCCCCUCGGUCGCGCAGUGGUCAGAUGCUCAAUACGGUUCUGCCCUGGACCUGGCCACGACAUGCUCUAUGCCGGCUGAGCUGCAACCCAAUGAAAAUGCGGUCAUGAUGGGCGCCCGUACGAUUGCAAACCUAUUUGGCACCGCAGAUGGACGUAGUCUAAUAAGCUCGCAUGCUGACAAGCCAAUUGCUUAUCUCGAACGAAUCACUGGGGUCAAGGGUGGAGAGGCUAUCGGAAAGUUCAAUCGCAACGUGUUGAUUGCAGUUACCACGGCAGCCGUCAAUCUGUCGGUGCUCAUAAACAAGGAAAAGCUGCUGAGUCCAGAGCAGAGGCGUCGUCUUCUCGUGGUACUUGGGGCAGUGCUCAGCGGCCAGUCCGAUUCUGAAGUAUUAUACCGAGCAUUGGUGGCACUGGGCACAAUACUGGUAACAUCUACGCAGGAAGCCAGUGGCCUUGACGUUGGCGGAUGGGUUCGUGGAGCAAAGGAUCGAGGUUCGGAGGAUAGGGUGAAGUCGGUUGCCAAUGAGUGCCUAGCUUUGGUGUCAUGA